CUUCCGUCCAGUGCAUUCCUUCUGCAUCAUCAAAGUAAAUAGCCAAAAGUUUUUGAAGUUUAUACUGUCAAACUGAACUGACAGCAGUUGACCUCCAUCAGUAUGAUCUUACUGACGAUGAUAGUUCGUGUAGCGGACGGACUUCCGCUGGCCGCGUCCAUACAGGAGGAUGAACAGUCUGGAAGAGACCUACAGCAGUACCAGAGCCAGGCCAAGCAGCUGUGCCGUAAAUUGAAUGGUCAGAGUCCGGACCGCUGCACACUGGAGGCCGGGGCCAUGAACUUCCAUUAUGUAAUAGCCCGGGGUGUUUGCUACCUGUCCCUCUGUGAGGCGUCCUUUCCUAAAAAGAUGGCUUUUGCGUAUCUCGAAGACCUCCACAACGAAUUCUAUGACCAGUACGGAAGAAGAGUGCCCACAGUAACGAGGCCGUACUCCUUCAUUGAGUUUGAUACGUACAUCCAGAAAGCAAAGAAGAUGUACGUGGACAGCAGAGCCCGGAGGAACUUGGGCAAUAUUAACACGGAGCUGCAGGACGUCCAGAGGAUUAUGGUAGCAAAUAUUGAGGAAGUUCUGCAGAGAGGAGAAGCUCUUUCUGCUCUGGACACGAAAGCCAGCAAUCUGUCCAGCUUGUCGAAAAAGUACCGCAGCGAUGCCAAAUACCUCAACACCCGCUCCACGUAUGCCAAGGUGGCCGCCAUAGCCGUGGUCUUCCUCACACUCAUCAUCUAUGUGCGGUUCUGGUGGCUUUGAUGGAUGCCGACAAGGACUGUGACAUGAAAGAAGAAUUUUCUCUCUUUUAACUGUGAAACUAAACCUGUUACAUAUCGCUUAUACACCAGGGUGCCUUGAAGGGGUCUUACAGCUUUGUUCUAGCUUCAGGUUCUGCUGCUUAUUUGUUGGUAAACUGAGCCGUAGGUCUAUGCAGGACUUCUGUUUGUAUGAAAGCAGAUGUUUUAUUGCAGGUUCAUGCAGCUCUGUGUAGCAGAGAAGUGGGAGGUAAAAGCAUCAUGCUGAAAUUUGAGUUUCAUCCUAAAGAAGCAGCUGAUCUAUUCAUAAGCAGAGGUUCUGUGAAAGUUUUCACACUGAUGAGAAGAUUAUUGUUUACAAAGUUUGCACACUUAUAAGAAAGUCUUAUUGAAAAUAUUCAAUAUUU